ACCCAAUUUCUUUCUCCCUCCCCAAAAGAAAUAUCUCCCACAAGAAAUAACAGUAAACACAUCAUCUCUCUCUCUCUCCCUCUCUAUCCCUCUCUCUUUCUCUCUCUCACUCCACGUUUUAAGAAGAAACUACAGACACAUGAAGUUGAAGAUGAACACACCCUCCAAGCCUCUCAUGUUCUAUCACUACUAACCUGCAGUUUUCUUGCUAGUCCGGCGAAAGCAAGUAAGUUUUCUGGUUGAAGGGGCAUAUACAGCCAUGUCUCUAGAGGAUUCAUUAAGAUCUCUAUCACUAGACUAUCUAAAUCUACUGAUCAACGGGCAAGCCUUCAGCGACGUUACCUUUAGCGUGGAGGGAAGAAUCGUCCAUGCCCACCGCUGCAUCCUGGCUGCUCGCAGCCUCUUCUUCAGGAAAUUCUUUUGCUCCGGCGGCACCGAUUCUCCGACCGGGUCUGGAUCGGAUCCAUUAGGGUCAAGGAUGGGUAUGGGCAUGGGUCCCGCUUCUCCCAGGAACUCAACUAGUUCACAGGUGGUCAUUCCUGUGAAUUCGGUAGGGUACGAGGUCUUCUUGCUGAUGCUGCAGUUCUUGUACAGUGGCCAGGUCUCGAUUAUACCGCAAAAACAUGAGCCCAGACCUAAUUGUGGUGAAAGAGGGUGUUGGCAUACACAUUGCACCUCCGCCGUAGAUCUUGCUCUUGAUACUCUAUCCGCCGCUAGAUCCUUCGGGGUUGAGCAGCUUGUAUUACUCACCCAGAAGCAAUUAGCAAUCAUGGUAGAGAAAGCUUCGAUUGAGGAUGUGAUGAAGGUUCUCUUGGCAUCACGAAAGCAAGACAUGCAUCAACUAUGGACAACUUGUUCUCAUUUGGUCGCAAAAUCUGGUCUCCCACCAGAAGUUUUAGCUAAGCAUCUUCCCAUAGAUGUUGUGGCUAAAAUUGAAGAACUCCGACUCAAAUCUUCCCUCGCCCGCCGCUCUCUCAUGCCCCACCACCACCAGCACCACCACCACGACCUCUCAGUAGCGGCUGAUCUCGAAGACCAAAAAAUCCGGCGUAUGAGACGAGCACUUGAUUCAUCGGACGUUGAGCUUGUUAAACUCAUGGUCAUGGGGGAAGGCCUAAAUCUUGAUGAAGCAUUAGCCUUACAUUAUGCAGUCGAGAGUUGCAGUCGGGAGGUGGUGAAAGCGUUGCUGGAACUAGGAGCUGCUGAUGUCAAUUAUCCGGCGGGACCAGUAGGGAAAACUCCACUUCACAUAGCUUCUGAAAUGGUGUCUCCGGACAUGGUGGCAGUGUUACUCGACCAUCACGCAGACCCCAAUGUCCGAACCAUUGAAGGAAUCACUCCUCUUGACAUCCUCCGAACCCUAACAUCAGAUUUCCUCUUUAAAGGCGCAGUGCCUGGACUUACCCACAUCGAACCAAACAAACUCAGGCUUUGCUUAGAGCUCGUUCAGUCAGCUGCAUUAGUGAUCUCGAGGGAAGAAGGGAAUGCAGCAGCAGCAGCAAAUGCAGCUUCAAAUUCGACACAGAUUUAUCCACAGAUGAACGAUGAUCAUUCACACACUCAUACACACAGCAGCAGUUCAAAUAGUAGUGGGAACUUGAAUCUUGAUUCAAGAUUGGUUUAUCUGAAUCUUGGAGCAGCAGCAGCAGCACAAAUUGGAUGCAACAAGAUGGAUGUAGGAGGAGGAAGAGAAGAUAACAGUCAUCACAACACUCAUCAUCAUCAUCAUCAUCAUCGACAUGGAUCUUCGCAAGGUGGUUGUGACACAUCAAUGUACCACCAUUCCCAUCAUGAGUAUUAGGUCAACUAUCUUUAUAUAUUUAUCUCUCUGUCUCUUUCAUUUUCUAGAAUUACCUUUUAUAUAUUCAUCCAUGUAGUGGGACUGAUUAAUUAAGCACAAAUAUAUCAACCACAAAAACACAUUCAUGGAUACGUAUUCAUCGAUAGCAUCUUUCCUCUAUAA